AUGGGUAAAAAUAUGAUAUGGAUAUCCCCUGAUGAAAGAAUAAAAAAAAUAAUAAUAAAAGAAGGUGAACAUGGUUUAAAACCAACCGAAAAUUGUGAAUGUAAAAUUAAUAUAACAAAUUGUGAUUUCAAUGUGGAAAAAUACAAUAAUUAUCCUGUGGUUGUGGGUCAAAGUGAUGAUAGUUUCGAAAGAUUGUUAGAUAUAGUUUUAACGAUGAUGAAAAUUAAUGAAUUAGCAAACGUUUCGUUUUUACUCAAUAAAAAUAAUACCGUAACUUUAACUCUACACUUAAUCGAAUUUAAAUCGAACGGAUUUAUUUUUGAGUGGAACGCAAAAACGAAAUUCGAUUUGUCUUUAAAACAUAAAACGCGUGGCGUUGAACUUUUCAAAGAAAACCGUUAUAUCGACGCUUCCCACCGAUUUAGCAAAGCUACCAAACUAUUGUCUUCAAUCCCGAUUGACGUCGAGUUAAAACCGAACGAAAUAGACAACGUUAAAAUCGAAGAAAUCGAAACUUUAAAAUCAAACUUGUACAACAAUUUAGCUUCGUGUCAGUUGCGAAAUCAAAAUUACGAGCACGUUAUCGUUCUUUGCGAUCGUGUUUUAUCGGUUGAUCCAAAAAAUUUAAAAGCUAUGUAUAAAUUAGCUGUUGCUCUCGAUGGUGUGCAUAAUAUUGAUAAAGCCUUCGAUGUUUUAAAAGAAUUACUCGAAUUAGAUCCUCAAAAUAAAGCUGCUGGAGAAAAAUUUAAUUCCGUUCAAAUUAAGGUUAAGAAGAAUAAUGCUAAGGUUAAUGCUAUGAUUAAAAAAAUGUUUGUGUGA